AUGAUCUCGGCUGGCGAUAUUCUAGGUGAUACUCCAACACCUGCGGAGAGCAGCUCUGGAUCACCGCCGGCUUCAGUUUCCUCCCUAGAUGUGAUUUUGACACUCCUGGGGGACGCCGAGUACGAAGGACGAUCUUGCGAUCUAGAUGAGGUACAAGUGAAGAGGCUCCUUGAGCAUCUCCGCCCAACCCCUCAGCCAGAUUCCGGAGGUUCGAGUCCGGCCAUAUCGGCCAGCCACGGCGAUCCAGUACAGCUAGAGUUCCUUUGCCGCGUUGGGGAUUAUGCGGGUCGAUUAUGGAAUUGCCUACGAAAAGCGGCGGACGCAUCCAACCUGAGCCUACCAGACCGGGUCGGCACUUUCCACGACAACCUUACUCGCGUCGACGGCCAAUAUGGAGCCGGUGAUGACACCGAAACUCUUGUUGGUUGUGUCAAUUACUUACGCAGUAAGGGUCUGGAUGUCGAUGUCCCUAUGGCACGGCUGGCAAUCGCUAUCUACACGGAACGCAAUACGGCUAUUGACCGGGAUAUUGGGAGGCUGCCCCAAAUAUUGCCCGAAGACCAGACGGCAAACCGUGAGAUCUUGGAACGACUGAUGCAUUUCUAUGGAGACAGUGCAGACCUGCUUAGAACUCAUGACCGGACGAAGGUCCAUCAUAAGUCCAGUCCCCAUCAAUUGCCAUCCCCCAAGGAUCCCAGCGAUACCUUCAGUCAAGGAGGGCUCAUCAACAUGUCGCCUGGCAAGAUACGAUCGGUGUCGCCGAGUAAGAGGACGGCUUCCGGGUCCUCAAAAUCGGUUGUACAUCUAUCUUCGACAAGUUAUGGGCCUUCGAUGCUUGAAGAGGAGGGUCUUCAUGCCUAUGAAGGCAUUCUGGAAGAUAUAGCAAAGCUACGAUCCAAGGGUGGUAGUAAGGCCAUCGAGGCUAUCGAAGACGCCCGGAAGCUUCUCCGACAGGUGUUGGACAAUAUUGAAGAGGAUGAGAAGGCCGCAACCAUGGAGGAGCCACAGCAUAUUAGAAAGCGUCGGGGUUAA